CAAAGACUACCGACAACACACUGUUAAGUGAUACCGAAUAUUUACCAAAUCGAUAGUUAUUUUUUUGCUCUGUUCUAUCAAGAGUUGACUCCCGAUGGAUCGGAUGGAUGGAUGGUGUGGUGACCGAUGGCGACCGAUGAUGGCGCUUAGAACUUUAUUUAAGAACUUGUUUCGUUUCGGUUACACGCAUUGGUUCUGCAGAUCGGUUACGGUGUCCUGUGUGUGCCGAAAAAAAAGAAGCAUACAUUCUAUAAAAGCCGCCCAACUGGACGGCCGCUGGAGCAGUCAAUUCUAGUGAAGCUGGUCGGUGUGUAGUGAAGGUGGUUAGCACAUCACAUCGCAUCUUUUUCGUCGGCUCGUUGCCUAAUUGGAAAGGAAGCACAUAUCCACAACCUGGUGAAUGUUACCCGAGGUCGACUGCUGAUCGGUGAUAGUGAAAGUGAAUUGUGUGUGGAUUCCUCUAGAAUUGAAGCGGAACGGGGUGGCGAUUGUAAAAAUAUCGGUAGUUUCGGAAAAAGGAAGAAAAAAUCACAGCUGCAACGAUGAAACGACUUCUGGUGUGUUUGGUUUUUUGUGUGAUAUUGAGGAUAGAAUUGGUCCAUAGUGUAUUACCAAACAUACUGCCGAAGACCUGCUCACGCACUGAUCCCAAUUUCGAGCGUUGCGUCAAGGCGGUGGUCGAACAAAUCCGGCCGAACAUUGCGAACGGUAACUACGGACCCGGUCAACCGAAAGCCCCAUCGCUGGAACCGAUCUACGUCGAUCGACCGCUGAACAUAGACAAUGCCGGCUUCCGUGCGAAGCUUUCCAACGUGACGAUUAAGGGUGCCGGAGGAUUCGUGGUUGGUCGAAUCAAGUUGGACUUGGAGAAUAAGGCUAUUAAUGUCAGUGUGAAACUGCCCAACAUGCUGGUCAACGGACAGUACAAUAUGGAUAUGCAACUGCUCCUGCUGAGGAUCACUGGUCAGGGUGAUUUCGAGCUGAAACUUGAUGAUACCCUUUGCAAUCUGAGAAUGAAGUACCUCAUCAAGCGGUCCCCGAGUGGGGAAGACGUCGUUCAAUUCGAACCGAUUCAGGUGAAGCUGAAGUUUGUCAAGGGACGCUUCAAUCUGCAGAACCUGUUCAACGGCGAUCAGACGCUCGGCCAGGUCGGAAACAAUGUCAUCAACGACGAUCCGCUGGUGCUGCUGGAGGAAGUGCGGCCCGCUUUCGAAGAUAGCUUGGGUCGGAUCUUCACUGCGAUCGCGAACAGUGCGGUCAGUGGGGCGACUGAACUGGAACUGAUUCCGCUUUGAUUGGCGAAUUCGCUCUCUGCUAAACCAAUGCCAACGCCAGCGCGGAUUAGUGAUAGUACAAAGCUGAUUCUGAUUUUGCCUAAAGGAAACUGCGGAAUCCAAUUGUUGAAUGCUCGAACGGUGGCUUUU